UUGUAAAUAUUGGCAACGGCUGAGCUCGAGGCGGAGUGGCGCGCUUCUCUGGAUGCAGCAGGGACCGUCUGAUUUUGUAUUUUUGGACCGGACUACCGAUGGAUUUCCCCCGCGUAACCGUCUCGUUUUGGCCGUGAGAAGAAGCGAGGACUCCGGUGUUAUCUGGGCUCUUUACGUGAAUAUUUCCCAGCUGUGUUUUAAUUUUUAUUGGGACACGUUACGAGCAUGCUGCUCUCCAAACUGGGCUCCUUGUCUCACAUCUCGUCCAGCAUGGAUCUACCGGCGAAGCUGCAGCAAGCCAAAGCGGAGAAGCAGCCGUUUGAGAAGCUGUACCGGCUCGGUUCGGUGCUCGGUAGCGGAGGAUUUGGCACGGUCCACGCGGCGGUCCGCCUCGCCGACGGGCUGCCGGUAGCGGUGAAGCAUGUGUGCAGGGACAGAGUGACUGAGUGGGGCUCUCUGUGCGGCGCGGCGGUGCCCCUGGAGAUCGUGCUACUGAAGAAGGUGGGCGGGGCGUUUGGCGGCGUGGUGCGCCUGCUGGACUGGUGGGAGCUGGCGGACGGCUGGCUGAUGGUGAUGGAGCGCCCGGAGCCGGGGCAGGACCUGUUCGACUACAUCACGGAGCGCGGCCCGCUGGAGGAGGCGGCGGCGCGCGGCUUCCUCCGCCAGGUGCUGGAGGCGGUGCGUCACUGCUACGCCUGCGGCGUCGUCCACCGGGACAUCAAGGACGAGAACCUGCUGGUGGACCUGCGGACCGGACAGGUCAAACUCAUCGACUUCGGCUCGGGGGCGCUGCUCAAAGACACCGCCUACACCGAGUUCGAUGGUACGCGGGUGUACAGUCCUCCGGAGUGGAUCCGGUUCCACCGGUACCACGGCCGCCCGGCCACCGUCUGGUCUCUCGGCGUGCUGCUGUACGACAUGGUGUGCGGGGACAUCCCCUUCGAGCAGGACGAGGAGAUCCUGAGAGGACGGCUCUACUUCAGACGCGAGGUCUCCUCAGAGUGCCGGCAGCUGAUUGGCUGGUGCCUGAGCCAGCAGCCGUCCGACCGGCCGACCCUGGAGCAGAUCCUCCUCCACCCGUGGGUGACGGGCGGCGACGGGCAGCAGGCGCACGGCGGCGCCAUCGUGCUCCACGCCGUCACAGCGGCCGUCCCCCCCUCCAGCCAGCAAGGCCUCUGAUUGGUCAACGCAAGGCUGUUUGUCUAAGUGUUUUCCGGUGGCGGGAUCGGGUCGACUCUAUGCUGCCCCCCCCCGUCCACAGACGGCAGAGCCUAAACGCCGGCCUGGUGUUUGUGUUUCCGAGUGCCUUGAGUUCAAAAGGUUUACUGUGGGCAGAGCGUUGCCACGGUAACCAACUGCAGUUCAGAAGUGGGUCCGGAGGGUCCCUCAGACGUUCCUAGAGUUCAGAUAGUAACAUUUAUAAACCAAAAUAAACGUGGUUAGCCAGGCCCUUUUCCAAUGAAAAGACGCGGCCAGAGAAGAAGUCCGUUACGUAACGGGGAAGACACACGCCUGCGUUCUCAUAGCAACGCAAGACUUUUUGAUGCUUUCACUUCUUUGUUACAUAAUAUACGUUAAAUCCCUCCGUGUUUACUUUUGCCUGAACGCAAAUACACGAGGACGUUCCGUGAUUAAAAUACAGGCUAAAACUAGCAAAAUAGUGGUUUUUUUUUGUUGUUGUUUUUUUUUUGAAUCACGAAAAUAUCUGUCUGGUUUAUCGAGACAGUCGGUCGUUCUGUUGAUUGUUCUCUUUGUUUCAGCAGGACUUCUUAUUGUUCAUACGAUGCCAGAGUUUCAGUAUUGAUGCCACGACCAUAGCUCAUCUAGUCGCUCCCCGACGUGAGUCGAGUGCAGACGCGAGUCGAGUGCAGACAUGAGAGUCGAGUGCAGACGCGAGAGUCGAGUGCAGACGCGAGAGUCGAGUGCAGACGCGAGAGUCGAGUGCAGACGCGAGAGUCGAGUGCAGACGCGAGUCGAGUGCAGACGCGAGUCGAGUGCAGACGUGAGAGUCGAGUGCAGACGCGAGUCGAGUGCAGACGCGAGUUGCGCAUGCGUCACUUUGCGACAAGUAGCAUACAAGAUGCUAACGAGAGACUUCUGUAAUCCAACACAGUAAAAAUGGACCUACUUAAUUAAGUUGGUUCACUCCUGGCUACAAGUUAGCAUCAAACACAACAAAGGCUGUCAGUCGAAUGGCGAUUUGAGCUAACGCUAGCACUCAAAC